UUAGCUCCUCAUCCUCCUCUGAGGGCCUGUGCCUGGGCUGCCAGGACAGCUAAGGAAGUCUUCCAAAUGGCUUGGAACACUAACCUCAGGUGGCGACUGCCACUCACCUGCUUCAUCUUAGAGGUGGUCAUGAUAGUCCUUUUUGGGGUGUUUGUGCGCUAUAAUCCCGAGGCUGAUGCACACUGGAUUGAAGAGAAGAGACUCCGCAAUAUUUCCAGUGAUGUAGAGAAUGAUUUCUACUACCGGUACCCAAGCUUCCAGGACGUCCAUGUUAUGAUCUUUGUGGGUUUUGGCUUCCUCAUGACCUUUCUGCAGCGCUAUGGUUUUGGUUCUGUUGGUUUCAAUUUUCUCCUUGCGGCUUUUGGAAUCCAGUGGGCACUGCUGAUGCAAGGCUGGUUCCAUUCCUUCCAUGAUGGAUACAUCUUCAUCAGUGUGGAGAACCUCAUCAAUGCCGAUUUCUGUGUAGGCUCUGUCUGCGUGGCCUUCGGAGCCAUCCUUGGCAAGGUCAGCCCCAUCCAGCUGCUCAUCAUGACCCUGUUCCAAGUGACCCUCUUUUCAGUGAAUGAGUUCAUUCUUCUCAACCUUCUCCAGGUAAAGGAUGCUGGUGGCUCUAUGACCAUCCACACAUUUGGGGCCUACUUUGGACUUACAGUGACCUGGAUCCUUUACCGACCCAACCUGGAGCAGAGCAAGGAGAGGCAGAGCUCUGUGUAUACCUCAGAUCUCUUUGCCAUGAUUGGUACCCUGUACUUGUGGAUGUAUUGGCCAAGCUUUAACUCAGCUGUUUCCAACCAUGGAGAUGCCCAGCACCGGGCAGCCAUCAAUACCUACUGCUCCCUGGCUGCCUGUGUGCUCACCAGCGUGGCCCUCUCCAGUGCCCUACAACGGAAGGGCAAGCUUGACAUGGUUCACAUCCAGAACGCAACACUUGCUGGUGGCGUGGCUGUGGGGACCGCGGCUGAGAUGAUGCUCAUGCCUUAUGGCUCUCUUAUUGUCGGCUUCAUCUGUGGCAUUGUAUCAACUGUGGGCUUUGUCUACUUGACACCAUUCUUGGAGUCUCGGCUGCACAUCCAAGACACGUGUGGAAUCCAUAAUCUGCACGGCAUACCAGGCAUCAUUGGGGGCAUUGUAGGCGCUGUCACUGCCAACGAAGCUAGCAUGGCUGUAUAUGGAGAAGAAGGGCUCAAGAAAGCUUUUGACUUUGAAGGCUCCAAAAGUAGUUGGACCCCUCGAACGCAGGGCCAGUAUCAGGCAGCAGGCAUCUUUGUGUCUCUGGCCAUGGCCUUUGUGGGAGGUGCCAUAGUGGGUUCCAUUUUGAAACUUCCAUUUUGGGGACAACCUGCAGAUGAAAAUUGCUUUGAGGAUGAGAUCUAUUGGGAGGUGCCUGAAGCUGAGAAGAGUAACGCUUACCAUCAUGAGGAUACGACGCUCAAGCCUGUGGCUUCCUAAGGCAGAGACGGACUCCCUGGGAGAGAAGCAGGCCUCCUUUGGAACAUCUCAGCCUCGGUGACCUCGGGAAUGAGAGUUUGUUUUUCCCUGGAGCCAGACUUGAUGCACUGAUCUCCACCCUCUGGAUUCUCUAACUUCAACCUCCUACCUCCAAGCAAAAGAUUUUUCUCUUUCCAAAGUACCUUCAAGGCAGAAAGUGACAGGCUGCCUGGGGGAAAUCUGAGUACUGAGGAAGAACAGAUAAAAGAGAUGGCCUGAAAUUGGGUUCCAGAGGGAUGGGAACCAAGGAGUCUAUGCUUAGGUUAGGAUCCAUGGGAGUAGGAGGCUAGGCCCUGAGGUCUUGUUUUUGUAAGGGAGGGGAGGAGAACAGGCAAGGUCCAUUUGGACUAAGGACUUUUCGGGGCUGAUCAUCUGGAUCUUGAGAGAGGAUGGGUUCUGCUGCCAGAAAUAUUUCCUAAGACGAGCAGAUAGUGAAGCCUCUGUACCUGGUACCUCAUGCCUUACACUUCACUUCCUUAGUCUCCCGGCCCCCUGCCUACCCUACUUCAUCUUGUAUUGCUGUUGAUGCCAGCCUGAGCAAAUAAAAUGGCCGUGAUGUCCAUUGUAAA